GGGGGGGGGGUCAAAGUUUUAGAGGAGAAAACGCAGACAGAAGCCGAUCGCCGCAACUGACACUCCGCAGUGCACAGUGGGUCGGUCAGCACCCACGAUGGCCCGCUUCCUGAAGCACUUCACGGCCGUCGGCGACGUCCACGAUGGCGUCAACCACUGGGAAGAGGAGGAACAUCAUGGGCCCGCUGGGGAAACUGAAGCGACCGCUGGACGGUCGCCGGAACCCAUCACCUUCCGCGAUUCCUUGCGCAGGCUCUUCAGCUCCGAGAAGUUUCAGGUCCUCAUCGUGAUCCUCGUCAUCCUGGACGCCAUCUUCGUGCUCAUCCAGCUGCUCCUGGACCUGGCGAUCAUCAAAGCGGACCACGGAAAGGUGGCUCCCCAGGUGUUUCACCUCCUGAGCCUGGCUGUGCUCACCGUGUUCAUGGUGGAGUUGGCGGGGAAGCUGUACGCCUACCGCUGCGAGUUCUUCCGUCACAAGUUUGAGGUGUUUGACGCGCUGGUGGUCGUCCUGUCCUUCGUAUUGGACAUUGUGUACAUCUCCAGAGAGGACGCCUUCAAUGCCAUUGAGCUCCUCAUCGUGCUCAGGCUCUGGAGGGUGGCCAGGAUCAUCAACGGCAUCCUGGUGACGGUGAAGAACCGCGCUGAACAAAAAAUCCACAAACUGAAGGAGACCAACGACCACCUUGUCCAGCAGGUCAACGAACUCCAGCAAGAAACCGCCAGACUGCAAGAAGAAAAGGAAAGACUACAGAGGCUUUUACAUCAAAAUGGCAUCAGCUUUUAAUUUUUGCUGAGGAAAGAGAACGUUUGCACCACCCCUGACAAUCACGGAAGGAGAGCAUUUAUCUGCUGUAAAAUACAGGCUAUUAAAUUGUAAAUGGAAAUUGAGCUCAGAUCCACAUCAAUGUGACUCGAAGGGCCUUUCAGCUAUUUGCUCCCUAUGAAUGUACCAUAAAAGCUGUGUGUAAUUAAUGUAAAUGUAUAUUUUCAAACCAAAACAUAGCUCACUGAAAGAGCUGAACCCUGAUUAAUGUAUCACUCAAUGUGAGGCUGAUAUUUGUGAGAAAUAUAAUCCAUCUUCACGUGCCGUAUGAUCGCAAAUCGUAGUGUUGGACACACUUCAUCUCUUGCAUAGCAGCAUUUGAUCUUUGGGGGGGGGGGGGUCCUUUGCCUAUAAUACAUUAUAUUUUUAAAGGGGUGUUUGUAUACACACUGUUCUCUCAGGUGAACUGGACUUUCAUUGUUACAUGUAAAAAUCUUUUUUUUUUUACCCUGUAUCUUUUAUAGUCUGUGGGCUGUACAAUACAAGGAGUCAAUUAAAUGGAGAUGCUGGUCAUCCGGGAUGUAUUCAGUGUCUUAAAUUUGUACCAGAGGUGCUCAACAGUUUAGUCAUCAUACAGACAACGCAAUUACAAUUGCUCUUUCCUGGAAUUAAAAAUCCAUGUACGGCUCAAAAGCGAAGUAAAUCUGGAGUACGUGUCCAUAAUCCUCAGGUACGUUCUAGAAGAUGGCGAGGUACGUGCCACAUUUUGUGCCAAGACUGGUAAACUUAGGGCUGUGAACAGCUGCUUCGUCUUCAACGUGGAAGAGGCAGGAUCACCGUUCGUCCUCUUCCUCACGUUGGUCGGAACGGGCCAUUUAGAACAGCUGGUGUCGAGGAGGAGCAGAAGCUGUAAAGUGCACCCUCCCUGUGUACCUAAACUGCAUCCAAGCAGUGGAGC